CCGAGCUCGCAUCCAACGUCUGUCUCCCUUCUACCACUACACGGCAACAAUGGUCACACUCACCCAGCCGUCAUUCACGCCGCCCAGCUUUGCGCUCGACGACCUCUUCUCCGUGCAGGGGCGGACCGUGUUCAUCACUGGCGGCGGCACCGGUCUUGGCAAGGCCAUCGCAACGGCAUACGCUACCAACGGCGCCCGCGUGAUCAUUGCCGGCCGCCGCGCCGACGUGCUCGACAAGGCUGUGGCCGAGAUCACCAAGGCGGCCGCGAAGGGCGGCAGUGCGGUUGCCGUGCAGGGUGAUGUUGGGUCCAAGGCGGGCGUCGCGGCGCUCUACGACGCCGUGGCCAAGGUCACCGAUGUGGUCGACGUGCUUAUCAACUGCGCUGGCGUGAUGAAGUCGUACAAGAACCCCACGAGCACGCCGAAUGACAUCGACGCGGUCACCAAGAUGAUGUGGGACGGGUGUGAGGACGAGGACUGGAACGUGACCAACCAGAUCAACAUCAACGGCGUCUACUUCACCACGGUCAAGUUUGUCCCGCUCCUCCUCAAGUCGGACCUCAAGUCGGUCAUUGUCAUCGCUAGCAUUGCGGGGUUGAUCCUCCAGCGCCAGAUGGGCAGCGUGUCGUACGGCGUGUCGAAGGCGGGCACCAUCCACACGGCCAACCUCCUCGCCGGUCGUCUCAGCCCGGCCAACAUCCGCGUCAACACCAUCUGCCCCGGCAUCUUCCCCUCCGAGAUGACGGGCGUGUCGGCCGCGUCCGGCGGGCUCGAGUACGACAUUGGCGAGACGCCCGCCAAGGCCGCCGCGCGGUCCGUCGCUGGGCGCCCCGGCCUGCCGCAUGAGAUUGCCGGCCCGGCCCUCCUGCUCGGCUCGCGCGCCGGCAGCUUCAUGGACGGCGCGAACCUCGUUGUGGACGGUGGGCGGGCGCUUGGCGCCGGCAUCCACGACGGUAUCAAGAUUGCGGAUGAGCUGCUCGGUAACCUCUAAGGCAAGGCGAGAUGUGUAUGAAGUGCUCGUGUGAC